GUAAUGUCUAGGGGUGUGGUCAACAUGCCUAUAUCGAUGUCAGGGAACUGCAGACCGGAGGCGUGGAAAGUGAGCGGCAAAACAUAACCAGAAGCGCUGCCGCAAUCAGAAGACAAACCCAAUCACCGCAAAAUACUGAAUCUUCUGGCGGGGGGCCAAUGUUGACACCACCUGCGGCUCACCUAUCCCCCAGUUCCUCCACAUUCACAUCACAUCCGAACGCAGCUCCUCCAGGGAUCACAUCAUGCACGACCUCUGAUACUGGAUUGAUAAACUUAACCUCCUCUGCCUCUUCCAGAAAUCCACAAUCGGAGCCACUUUAUCUGCUGGUAUGUAUCAAUGGGAGGGCAUACAAAACCUUGGCAGAGCUUCGUCAUCUCGAUGUCUACAAUUGCUGGAACGACGAGCUACUCAUGAGAGGGAUUCUCGAGCAGUAUGAGCAAGCGAGCAAGGAACGCCAUUUGACAAUAGCUAUGCUCAUCUCGAUACUGCCAGCCAGUUUCAUUAAAUGCCUUCGAGCUACGUGGGAAAACAUACCGAUCUCCAUUCGGAACCCGCAUUUCAGCCUGAACUCGUCAUUGGCGUUGUCGAUAUCGGAGUGGUGGAGUACAUUAGUGCCUCAUAUCAGUAUAUGGGCGCCGCUAUAUAUCAUAGACACCGCUGACUUUGUUGAAUUUGAACUUGUCCCCCAUCCUGAGGGCAAAGAUGCGUUUCCGGACUACUUCACAUCCGGCUGCUGGCCUCCGCCAGACAACAGGCAGUACCGCUACAACCCAGUUCCCAUGAAGUGUGCAAAGACGAUCAACCUGUGGCAUAUGCGCCAGCCAGGUCCCCACACGGAGUUCUACUGGCACAAUACCGUGCCGAAGAAACUGGACGGUCCGCUUCACCGGCCACCGGGAACCUUAGAGAAUGUCGUGGGCUACGGGGUGCGUAUCAACGAGAGGCUAAAUGAUGUGUUGAUUCUCUGGUGGUCUUUGGUUCUCAUUCUACUCACUGGCCUAUUCAUAUUCGUGUACUCCAAGUGCACAGGCGAUAAUUCCUCAGCAUUCGGAUUGGGUGCGUACCUGGUGGCGGCACUCACAAUUUACGUACAGCUGCAGUAUGCUUGGUGGAAGAGGAUAUGAGGUAGAUAUUGCGAGAUGAAAGUUGAUAUGUGAGCAAGUAAAAAUGAAAGACGAUGAUUCUCCUG